CAUAGCGGCGCGAGAGAAGGCGAGGAGGAGGGGGAGAAGAAAGAGGAAUUAAAAAAGAAAAGGAAGAAAGAGACAGGGCGGGAGGGAGGAGGGAGAGAGCGCGGCCGAUAAAAAAAGAAAGAUGACAUCCUCGCAGCUGAAGGGCCGAGGGGGAACCACGGGCCGGUGCCCGGCCACAGCGCCGCUCACGGCGGCCACAGCUUGAAAGCAACACCGAGGCUUCGACAAACACCCGAUCGGCCUAUCGGGCGAAAUCGGAAAACAGAUCCAUAAAUUAAAAUCAAAGCAUGACGUAAUUUGCUGAUAGAUACGAGUGUAAUCAGGAAUAUUUCGUCGUUUUAAAACGCGCUCGUUUUUUUCGUCUUGCUCUCUCGGCAGAUAUCUUGAGGGCGACUGCUUGAUGUUGGUGUUCGCUAGCAGUUAGUAGCGGAGCGACUUUGCGUUUGGGCUCAUUCUUGACUAGUAGGUCUAAGUUGUCCCGGGAGAAGCGGGCCGCCAGUCCGCGUCUGUCGACAGCUGCGCCUGCUUCCAUUGUCGGACAGCAUCAUGCUACCUCGCGGAGAAACGCCGCUGUGAGCUCUUUAUUGUCGCGAAUCUUAUCAGCGGCACCGGCGGCUGAUCGGCACUCGGUCGCAGGCGGGUCGAUCAAAACGAUGCAAAGGCUGCCCUCUUCCAUUACAACCAGAAGCUGACUGUUAAAUGUCCAUCGGGCUGGCGCAAAAUGGAGGCUGCUUGGAGCAAUUUUCUCUUCCAGAAUACUCCCACCCAAAACCAAGUGGAGGAGAGUCUCCAAUCAGAGCUCAUGACGGUGCAAACAGACCCUGAACAGACUCCACCCUCGGAGCACUUGGCUCCGCCUCCCUCGACGGUGGACACCGCUGCUCUCAACGAGGACCCGCUGCCCGUGAAGCCAGUGUCCCGGCCGACCCGAGUGCCACACAUCUGUGCCAUUUGCAACAAGCAGUUCAAGAACAACUACAACCUGCGGCGGCACCAGUCGGUCCACACAGGGCGGCCAGCAAAUCCUAACCCCAACCCCAUCAGGAAGAACCAUGCCUGCGAGACCUGUGGCAAAGCUUUCCGUGACGUCUACCAUCUGAACCGUCACCGCCUGUCCCACUCGGAUGAGAAGCCCUUCUCCUGUCCCAUCUGCCAGCAGCGCUUCAAGAGGAAGGAUCGCAUGAGUCACCAUGUUCGCUCCCACCAGGGUGGCGUGGAGAAACCCUACGUGUGCCCCCACUGCAGCAAGGCUUUCUCAAGGCCAGACCACCUAAACAGCCACGUGCGACAGGUCCACUCCUCAGAGCGUCCUUUUAAAUGUCCGACCUGCGAAUCCAGUUUUGCGACCAAGGAUCGACUGCGUGCCCACAUGAUUCGCCAUGAAGAGAAGGUGCCGUGUCACAUUUGCGGUAAACUGCUGUCGGCUGCUUACAUCACAGAUCACAUGAGGGUGCACAACCAGUCGCAGCACCACGCCUGCCACCUCUGCAACCGCAGCUUCACCACGCUGACGUACCUCCGCGUCCAUGCACAGAAGCACCACGGGCAGGAGUGGAAGGAAAGCCCGGGGGGAUUUGGCGGCACCGCUCCUGGCGGUGUACUGGUCUGUCAUCUAUGUGGCGUGCACUGCAAGACCCCCACCCAGCUUCAGGGGCACAUGGGCACCCACAACAACAACCAGGGUGCUCCCAGCCCCGUCACAUCCAAUGUGGCUGCCAGUAGCUCCGUCUCCCUUAGCAACAUGGUGACGGCGCCCACCGUCUACGUCACUGGCGGCACAGUUGUGGACCUGCUGGUCACAGACUGCUCUAGCAUUGCAGUACCACAGACACACAGCUAGCAGGGGAGAACGCCGCGGAUGAGCUUCAUCUCUGGAUCAGUUCGCACCUAGUGAUUCAAGUAUGGAGACUGGUCACUCGGGCAGUUAUUAUGUCACAAACGGAUGAAUUCUAUUGCUGCAGCAGUUUCAUUAACACUAACGACAAACAUGGAUGUGUCAUCAAUAUUUCCAAAUGCUCUGAAGCAUUUUUAACUGUGGUAUUAUGACCAUCUGCUGUAUUACUUUUCUCUCCCCCUCCUUGCCACUGCGACGUCGGAUGCUCCAAACAAGUGCGCCAAGUACUGUAUAUCUCACACCAGCUCUCGACAUACCUCCAUUUUGUAGCAGACUAACCAAGAACUCUACCUGCUUGAGUUGAGUAACACAAGGUCAGAGCUCUUUAGAGUCCACGGAUCUGGAGGAGUGAUCUAAAGCCACAGUAGAUGGCAAGUAGUGCGAAUGUGUGUGUGUGUGUGUGUGUGCGCUGAAGCAUGAAAACUUGCUGAAUUAAAACAAACUCCUGAUGUGCAAAGCGGUAGCACAGGUUUCUUUUCUGCUGAGGGAGAAGGGAGCACGUAGAUCAAAACGCAAGGUUGUGAUAAGCCGACUGUCUUGAAGGGUACAGAGUCCAGAUUGUCGUAUUCAGUGUCAAGCACCUUAAAUCAUUCUUGUUGGAUACAGUGAGGAUCAAAAUGGGUUAGAAAGUCCUGGGUCGUCUUACGCUGUGUCUUCCUUACUGGGUCUGGCCAUGAAAAUAUAUCGACUGUGCGUUUAACACUUCAGCUUAAGACAUGACAACUCUUGCACACAAAUGACUACAUUUUUGCAUGGAAACAGGCUUUUUGCGCUUAUUAUUGGUAGCCACCUGUAGGAGUUCCAAAAAGCUGGGAGGCUAUGAUUAAAAAGUUGUUGAUUUUAAUGUUUUUUUUUUAAAAAGAGUCAUUAUUGGCCAUUCAUUCAAACAAUAUUUGCCAUUGUCCUUGGGUUUCUCCUCUACCAGUCCAUCGGGGGAAUCUUUAGAUUUAGUUGUCCAACUCUGUAUAGCACAUCAUGUUUGGAAUGCAAGGUAGUGUCGUUCAACAUCAUGAGAAGAACGGUUGGUUACUUUGAGUUGCUGUUGUUUUUAUUGUGGAAAACGUGUGCAGACUGUUGGUCUUCCGAAGGUCAACACCUUGACUUGACUGUAAACAAGUCCUGGUUUCGUACUGGAGUGGUUUGUUUUGUGUGAUUAUGUUACUCCGAGUCUUCUUUUUUUUCUUCUUCUUCAAUUCUUUUUACUUGUUGAUAUGUGUUCUUCCUGUUAAGAAAGUAGCAAUCUAUCACACACGAUUUUUAGAUUUCUUCAGUUACACUAAGAUAAAAAAAUAAUAAUACCUCUAUUCUAGGAUUCUGUAUAGCUCUUGUGAUACAUCUUAAUGCCUUAUUGUACUCAACUGCAUUUAAUUCUUUUAUGAGAUAUUUCAAAUCUUAGUCAUGGAUUCAUUAAGAAUAUUAAUGGGAUGUAUUUAUAUUUAUAUUUUUAUAUUUCUCAACAAUAUGCAUGUCUGAAAUGUUGGAGCAAAAAAAAGAAAAAAACUCAAUGAUGCUUAUUACAUCAAUAUUAGGUUCUUUUGUAGCAGUAGAGGUCAUGUUAUUAUUUUGUAAUUUGGAAAUUAAAAGUGAAAAUGAUCAAACAGAUUCUGUGUUUGGUGCUGAUUUGUAAGAUGGGCUGUUGUGACGAAUAAAAGC